CUGCCACCUGCUUUGUGUUUCUCUACAUUCUCGGUCUCAUAGCUUGUCGACAAUAACCGUCCUCUAUAUCCUACUAUCCAUCCUCCCGUCUUCCGACUUUAUCCAACUCAUUUCCCCUCCUGUCAACUUUCCCCCGUUCGAACACUCUUCGGUGGCGCAAGAUGAAACUGACAUUUAGAGAUUUGAAGCAGCAGAAGUUUGUGAUUGAGGCCGAACCUUCCGAAACGGUUGGCCAAGUCAAAGAGAAGAUCUCUCAGGAAAAGGGCUGGGAUGUUGCUCAACAAAAACUUAUCUAUUCAGGCAAAAUUCUACAAGAUGCAAAUACUAUUGAAUCAUAUAACAUCGAGGAGAAAGGUUUCAUAGUCUGCAUGGUCUCAAAGCCAAAACCGGCCCCCUCGACAUCAGCAGGUGUAUCUUCUCAGGCUCCGUCAACUCCCGCUCCCGCCGCCGCUUCAACCCCUGCCGCCCCCGCACACCGUUCCAAUCCCCUCACUUCAGAUAUCACCGCCACCCCAUCACCUGCAGCUCCGGUCGCUGCCCCAGUUGCGGGUGGUUCCACUACGUUCAAUGACCCAUCAGCUCUCCUUAUGGGCCCUCAGGGCGAACAGGUAGUCGCACAGAUGGAGUCUAUGGGGUUCCCAAGAAGUGAUAUAGACCGUGCCAUGAGAGCCGCGUAUUUUAAUCCAGAUCGAGCAAUCGAGUAUCUUUUAAAUGGUAUUCCCGAGACCACUCAAGCCGAGCACCGAGAAGCUGCCCCUGCCCCUCCGGCGACAACAACUCCUAGCGGCAGCACAGCAGCGCCACCAACAACCGCGGCAGUUGGAGACGAUGAGCACAUCAACCUUUUCGAGGCAGCAGCGCAAGCUGGCGCUCCGCAACUGGGUGGAGCCGGGCGCGGCGCUCGCGCUGCAGGACAGGGGUUAGCACCUCCCGCCGAAGGGGGAAACCUUGGCAAUCUAGAUUUCCUGCGGAGCAACCCUCACUUCCAACAGUUACGACAACUCGUGCAGCAACAGCCUCAGAUGCUCGAGCCAAUCCUGCAACAAGUUGGCGCCGGUAAUCCGCAACUCGCACAACUCAUUGGACAGAAUCAGGAUCAGUUUCUCCAGCUGCUCAGCGAGGAUAUCGAUGACGAUGCACAGUUACCUCCAGGCACACAUCAGAUUACCGUAACAGAGGAAGAAAGAGAUGCAAUUGAAAGGCUCUGUCGUCUAGGAUUCCCUCGAGACUCUGUCAUCCAAGCUUACUUCGCCUGCGAUAAAAACGAGGAGCUAGCGGCGAAUUUCUUGUUUGAGCAACCUGACGAGGGUGACGACAAUUGAAAAAGCAAAGAAAAGAAAGAAGCCGACAAAAAAUCUCGCGGCCCGUUCUUUCUUUUCCUUGGCUUCUUCCUGUGGAAAUUCUCCCUAUAACUUCCAUCACUUACCCACCCUUAAACCCUCCCCAUCGUCCCCAUUCGGUUGUAUUUAAAAAUCUCACAUCUACUCCACCUUUCCGCCAUCCUCCCAUCCUCCCAUCCAAUUUAACUCAUAUUUGCACUCUGCCCUUGCCUCUUUACUUCCUCGAUUAUGAAAUCUCUGGCUAUCCGCUUACUUUAAUUCCCUCCCCCGACCUCGGUUUGGGGUUACUUUAUACACGAAUCCUAUCAGAUAUUCUUGUUGCUGUUAUUGUUGUAUUUCUUUUCUUCAAAUUUCCCCUCCUGUUCCUGCUCUCAAAGCCACAUAACUUAACUUUACUACUGGUACUCUUCUAGCAAUAGCACGCGAAUGGAAAUCUCAAACCGAGUUGCCUUAUUUAUUUUAUUUUU